UAAAAAAAAAAAAAAAAAAAAAAAACUGGACAUGCGAUUUUAUUUUGGCCAGGCAGAAAGCUUAGAGCCGACCUGUAGACAAUGAUGGAGCUUCCGAUGGCGCAAACGUCCUCCUUGGCUGGGGAGAGUUGUUCAGGAGGAGGAGGAUGUCUGCAGACUGCUGCUGGUGGAGUGAACGUAGAGGCUUUGAUGGCGCAGCUGCAGAGGCAACAAUAUUCCAAGUCGGAGUUUGACCUGCCGGAGAAACGUCUCCUCCAAACACAGCUCCUGUUCCCUCCGCAUCCUGCGGCUGCAGCACUGGUCUCUAAAUCUGGAGUGGACUUGGCUUUAGUUGGCAGAAGAGACGGCCUGACUUACCAACCAGCCCAGCCAGUCGUCAACAAGCAGCUUAGCAAAAAAGAUCCUGUCAAACUGGAGGCAUCAAAAGGUGACAUGAUGGAGGAAGAGGAGCAGCAGGUGAAGAAACCACGAGUCCAGCAGACUCCAGCUUUCCCUCCUUACAGCACGUCGCAACCUGUUGCUGAGCAGCUGUGCACCUCCCCAGCCUCAGCUGUAAAAGAGGAGCCUAAUGAGGAGCUGCUUUCUCCUGCAGGCCAACACGCCUUCACGACACAGGGCUUCCCCGACUGGGGCUACGAUGAGUCGGCUAAACAAAGGGUAAAUAUCCUCUACGCUGAGGAGGGUGAUGGAGGAAAAGCAAGAGGAGAACCAUCCAGGGACUUUUCCAAGCUUUAUGAACUUGAUAAUGAUCCACAGAGGAAGGAGUUCCUUGAUGAACUGUUUGUGUUCAUGCAAAAACGAGGAACCCCUGUGAGCCGCAUCCCCAUUAUGGCUAAGCAGGUGCUGGAUCUGUACAGGCUUUUUAAGCUGGUGACUGAGAAAGGUGGGCUAGUAGAGGUCAUCAACAGGAAGAUCUGGAGGGAGAUCACUAAAGGUCUCAACCUGCCCACCUCCAUCACCAGCGCCGCCUUCACCCUGCGCACCCAGUACGUGAAGUAUCUUUAUGCGUUUGAGUGUGAGAAGAAGGGCCUGAGUUCUCCAGGUGAGCUGCAGGUUGCCAUUGAAAGUAACCGCAGAGAAGGUCGACGUCCAAGUUACACGAACAGCCUGUACCACCUCUCUUCCUCCCCGAGCUCUGCUCCCCACGUUGUCCUCACCUCCCCCAAAAUGCAAACCACUACACCUGGACACAACGGUUUGAAUCCAUCUGUAAGCCCAAAUUUAAAGAGAAAUGCAGAUGACACAUCCACCGUCAUGGUGGUACCCAGCAGGUUGCCUGUGUCACUGGGACGGCAGCGCUUGGCUCCAGCUCCCGCUCUAGAGCUUCUACGGGAGAGGCUGGAGAGGUGUGCAGCUCCAUCAGCAGCCAACGAUCCAGAGAAGAAACUGGCAUUGAUGACAGAGGAGCAGCAGCGCCUAAUGCAGCAUACCCUUCAACAAAAUCUCCUGACCAUGGCCUCCCACUUCAACCCUGCCAACCUCAAACUCAGCAACAGUGCUGAAAACAAAGAGGAUUUGUCACUUCGUAUCUCCACAAACGGAGCCUCCAGUAUCAGCGUGUCUGUGGAAGUUAAUGGCACCAUUUACUCAGGAAGGCUGUUUGCCCAGAAGUCUGCUUCUCCUGUCAUGUCACAGACUCUGACUCCUACCAGAACCAGUGCUUUCACUGCCCUCUCCUCCUCACACAGUCCCUCCUCAUCCUCCAAGGGACCAAGUUAAAGCUCACUGGGGUUUAAAUCUGUCUGUAGCAAACCUAUUCACUCAUACUUUACUUUCCUUAUCAGACAGCUAACCUGUACACAUUAUGAUUAACUUCUCUAGUAAAGUCUUUUUGAAGUAUCAACACAUAAAGUACAACAUGCUUCAGUGUUUUGUUUUUUUUGUUUUUUGUUUUUUUUUUUGUCAUUAAAAAGCUUUUGGUUUUGCAAGAUUUGUUUAUCUGUCUGUAUCUUAAUUGUAGCUAAUUACAAUUCCUGUCAUCAGUACUUUCUCUAAGUGCCACCAGAGCAAAGUGUUUCGAAAAUGUAGCCGCUGGACACCAAAAGCCUUAAACCCCUGUACCUGUAAGUUUAAGCCUUCUGUGUUGUCUGUGCAUGACUUUAAUGUAACUGGGUGGUGCUGUGUAAGGUAAUAGUCCAUUUUUUCCCCAUCUUUCCGGGAUUAUGUACAGUUUGCUUUGUGCUUCACAGAAACAUUUGCUGGCAUUUAGAUUUAACAGAUAUGAUGCUAUUUGUUUGUUUGUGGUAUCUUUUUUUUUUUUUUUUUUUUUUUUCUUGACAUCUUACAUUGCACUAAAUGACUUCUCCCCAAUAAUGAAACAUGUAUUACAUAGCAGUUAUGAAUUGGAUAUACU